CCCCCGGCAGCACCAGUGUUUACACUCAGCGCCGGAGUGCUGAAACAGGCGGACGUACGAGUCUUCCUCCAUAUCACUCUAUCCACUAUCUAGUGUUGGCAAUGAGUGUGAAGACUCCCAGGUGUAGCAAGGAGGUCAGUGAGAGGUGGCUGCAGGAGGUCUUGAAGGAGCACCUUGCUGAGAGUCAUCCUGGUGGUCAACACGACGUUACUACCUUCACUAUCACCCCUGGUGCUGGUCCAGGUGAUGCAUUCCACUCUGAGUUGGUGUUGCUUGACGUUUGGGUGAAGGUGAUGGUAGGUGAAGCACCUGCAUCGCAAGGUGCUUCACCUGUGUUACAAGAUGGCUCACCUGCCUCACCAGACAGUUCACCUGCCUCACCAGACAGUUCACCUGCCUCACCUGACAGUACCAUCGUCCACCACUUGGUGGCAAAGUUCUACAGUUUGGAUUUAAUGAAUCGCGAGAUAGACAAGUGGAUGAAUACCGGCCAGAAGGAAUACUUGAUAUAUACAAAGAUAAUUAAAGAACUCAACGAGUUCCAGGCAGACAGAGCCCCUGACGAGCCUGGAAUAUCCAUCCCACAUUUGAUCUAUGGACGAUGUGCUGGUAAUGAAAAUGUUUUACUAAUGGAAAACAUAAAAAUCCAGGGAUACAACACUGUUGACAAGCGUAAGGGGCUGGAUUUUGAGCAUCUUAAGGUAUGUAUAGAACACAUUGCCAGAGUUCACGCCCUUUCACAUGCGUUCUAUAAGGAGAAAGAUUUCCGUGGUAAAUACCCUUGCUUUCAGUCCACUUCCGAGCAGCUGAAGUUUGUUAAACCAAUAGUAGCUGCUGUGAUAGAUAUUAUCAUUACAUUUUUUAGAACUCUGGACGACAAGAAGGAUGUCACACGAAGACUUGAAGCAUGUAAACAGAAUUUAUUAGAUAAAUAUUUAGCAAUACUGCUGGACGGAGAAAGGAUCACAUGUUUGAUUCAUGGAGAUUAUUGGAUUAAUAAUAUAAUGUACAAAUACAAGAGCCCAGUGGCACAGGCAAGUCAUGAGGACUCACAGGCAAGUCAUAAGGACUCGCAAAUACUUGCAGGCCAUGAAGAUUCACAGGCAAUUCACAAGGACUCGCAGAAAGGCCACAACAUCUCAAGGACACUUGCAAGCCAGAGGGUCUCCCAGGCACAUGAAAGCCAUCAAGAAAUCGAAGCAUUAAAAAUCAUUGACUGGGGCAACAGUAUCUGGGGCAAUCCAGUGUUUGAUCUACAGUAUCUCCUCUACACGUCCACUACUCGCACUGUCAGGAAUGCUCAUCUAGAUCACCUGCUGCACCUCUACCAUUCUACCUUCACUAAGCUUGCUGCUAAGAUGGGCUCACCUGCUGCCAGCUGGAGCUACGAACAAUUUGAACUAGACUGGGAGAGGGCUUUCACUGUAGGGUUCUUCCUUGCCUGUAUUACGAGUUUAGGAACACUGAGCACCAGUAAUCCUGUCAAAGCACCACAGCCUUCAUGCCUAGACAAGUCUUUUCUCUUACCAGUCAAAGUAGUUGUUGAUGGCAUAAAGCUAGGAAUGGUAAAGUUAUUUAUCCCUUUUCUUCAAAAGCCAAUUGGAGAGUUUCUCAUUAAAAAUGCAUUUCACCACACAUUUAAGCCCAUGCUUGAAGAACUAUGUUCUGGUCAGAAUGAAAUUCUGAACACGAGACUUACUGACCUCAUUUGUGAGGCUGAUGAAAAGGGGAUUUUCUCCACAGAAUCAGUCAUAUCUGAGUGAAACGACGACGAGUGUGCUCCCUGAAAAAGACCCCAUAAUCAACCCACAUUCACAUCAGUGAUUAUUGCUUCAUGUUCCUCAAUUCUGCCAUUUAAACUGCAGGUGGUUCUCGACUUACGAUGGUUAGGUAAGAUUUGCCAAGAAAUAGGACAAGUGUUUCCUGAUGUGGGUUUUAAUCAAAUGAUGACCUGCCAUUUGAGCUUUUGGUCAUGUGACUGAGGCCUUCCACUGGCUUAUCGGUCCACCCCCUUUAAAAAAACGUGGUCAUAGUUAUAAUCAUUUAGUUUUACUUAUGGUGGGGUUACAUUCUGAAGAACCCAUCGUAAGUUGAAAAUAUCGUAAGUAGAAUACAGAUAUGUUACAAAAAUAAUUCUAAGUAUUAAUGCAUCUACCAUUUCCUAUCAAGGAAGGGUGACCCAAAAGAAAGAAGAAACACUUUCAUCAUCAUUCACUCCAACACUGUCUUCCCAGAGGCAUACCUACAUGAUAUAAAUAACUACUGCCACUAAAUAAAUGAACAAGUAAUUACUGUAACUGAAUAUCAGUACUGGAAAUAAAAGAACACAAGUUCCUCUGACAGUAAUAAGUGAACAAUACAGAACAUACAUCACUAUUACACCAUCAAAAAGUCAAAAUAUAAAGCAAGGAGCAACUGUAUUAGAGUGAACCUCAGUCAUGUCAAUGAUCAUUAUAUUCACGUCAGUGGUCCUCUUCAAGGGGGGCUCCUUGGCGUGGUGAAGAGGCUCUUGGUCUGAGGAAUUAGACCUAUCAGUCUUCUUCCUCAGACCGAACCUAAUUACCCCCCAAUCUCCCCUCCCCUAUCCCAUCCUCCUCUCCCUUGUGGCUUAGCGCUUCUUUUUGAUUAUAAUUAUAAUUAUAAUUAUAAUUAUCCCAUCCUCCCCAUCCUCCCCUUUUUCCUUUCCUCCUCCUCCUCCCCACCCCUCCCUUUUGCCCUUCCUCUUUUUGUCCUUUGGGAUUUCUCCCACAGGCGCGCUAGUUCCUAGGUAGGGGAAAGGAUACCGGGGUCCAUCCCAUUCUGUUGAGGUUCUUAGUGGUGGCGUAG